AAGAAUGCUUUAUAAAAGUCUGAAUUUUCCAGGAGACAAGUCUUACUCUUUUCACAUCUCACUUAUUUCAGAGCGUGAAUCCCUUCUUGCGGGUUCGUUUUAGGAAGUGUUUAACGGCUCUCCCUCGGGAGUGCAGGAUUUUGCUGUUAAUAUCAGAUACUUAGUGUUUAUUAACCUACUUCAUCCAAACUGUCCCAGUUGCUUAGCCCUGGAAAAGGGGACUGAAGAGAACUGAUAACAGGCCCAGAGCUCACUAAGACCUGACAUCUCGAGGAGAGAGAAGGGGCAAUUUCCUGGAAAGCUUCAAAAGACACUGAUUAUUUUCUCCAAGGAAAUCACUUAGAUAAGUCUCUGAGAGCUACAAAGGGGAGCCCAUGACCCCAGGCUGCCUGUUCCCACCCGACCUCCAGCCGCGACACACUCUCAGCAGGAGCAGCACGAGAUGUUUCUCGCUUCCCACUCGCUUUACUAGGGACAACUUUCUACAGGAAGUAAAUAGUCAGCACUUCCGGCCUGUGCUCACCGCCGCCUCUAGUCACAAAUGCAUUUCCCCUGGUUGGGCCGCCCCUUUCGUCAUUUCCGGUAUCUGACCCGCUCAGCUAAGCCCCUUUUGCCGCGGCGCGGGUUUCCGGGCAAUUGCAAGCGAAUGUGCUGUCACCAAUGUGAGCCUGCCUUGGCGCGUGGCCCGGAGCCGGAACGCAGCGGCGGCUGAUGAAUGGUAGAUGCCGGUCUGGCUGGUUCAUGUGGAGUCUUCUGUGGGGGGAGCUACGAGCCGCUGCCGGCCCGAGGAGGCUCCUCUGCCGAUCGGCCGCUUUCCUUAGCAGCGGCGACGCGGUUUCCCCCGGCCCUGCCUGCGGAGCCCCGCCUGGCCACAUGGAGCGGGCUGUGGUGCGCUGCGUCCCGUCGGAGCCGAAGAUGAGCCUGUGGUUCGUGCUGUGUGACGGGAGCGCCAAGCACAUGCAGCGGGACCAGACGGAGCCGCUAGGCCGGGCCUUGGCCCGCAUCGCCACCAACGCCGGCAAGGGCCACGCCAAGGCGGCCAAGAAGAGCAAGAAAGCUCGGGCGGAGGCGGGACCGGCCGGGGAGCCGGUGGCGACGGCGCCGCUCGCCGUGCGCCUCUUCUCGCGGGACGGGGAGUCGGUGGCUGAAGACGUGUCCAAUGCCGAGGCCUGGCAGGACGGCGCCGUGCUGCAGAUCGGCGAAGUCAAGUACCAGGUAGAGCGGAACCCGCCCUCAGUCACCGAGCUCCAUCUGCCCCGCUCGCUGCUCGCCGGCUUCCCCGUUUGCCCCAAGAUCCACACCGAAUUUGGCGCGCCCCAGCACUGUCUCUUCCGCUGGUACCAGGAGCAGCCAGGGGGCGGUGGGGACGAGCCCUCCCCGGAGGGCACCAUCUGGGUAGAAGCCCCCGUCAGGGACCGCGUCUUCACACCGACCAAUGCGCACAUCGGACUGCGCCUCAAGCUCCACUGCACCCCCGGCAACAGCCAGCAGCGCUACGGGCUCCCCCGAGAGGUGGAGAGCAGCGGCCCCGUGGAGGCCGGGCCCGGCGCCUGUACCUUCGACUCCCGGCACCUCUACACCAAGAAGGUGUCCGGGGAAGGCUUAAUCCGCACGGUCUCCUACAAUAUUCUGGCUGACAUCUAUGCUCAGACCGAGCACUCGCGGACCGUGCUCUACCCCUACUGCGCGCCCUACGCGCUGGAGCUCGAUUACCGGCAGAACCUGCUCAAGAAGGAGCUGGCUGGCUACAGCGCUGACCUCAUCUGCUUGCAGGAGGUGGAUAAGUCUGUCUUCGCUGAUAGCUUGGCCCCGGCGCUGGACGCCUUCGGCCUCGAAGGGCUCUUCAGGAUCAAGGAGAAGCAGCAUGAAGGCUUGGCUACUUUCUACCGCAGGGAUAAGUUCAGCUUGCUUAGUGAGCAUGAUAUUGCCUUCAAUGAGGCCCUGGUCUCCGACCCACUGCACAAGGAGCUGCGGGACAAGCUAGCCCCCUACCCCUUAGCCCAGGAGAAUGUUCUGCAGAGAUCUUCAGUGUUGCAGGUUUCAGUUCUUCAGUCUAGAAAUGAUCCUUCGAGGAAGAUUUGUAUAGCCAAUACUCAUCUGUACUGGCAUCCAAAAGGUGGAAACAUCCGUCUCAUUCAAAUUGCUGUAGCUUUGUCUCACAUUAGGCAUGUUGCAUGUGAUCUAUAUCCUGGCAUACCUAUCAUAUUCUGCGGUGAUUUUAAUAGUACUCCUUCAACUGGAAUGUAUAGUUUUAUCAACAGUGGCAAUAUUGCUGAGGAUCAUGAAGAUUGGGUCUCUAAUGGAGAAGAAGAAAGAUGCAAUAUGUCUCUAACUCAUCCUUUCAAACUGCAAAGUGCUUGUGGAGAACCUGCUUAUACAAAUUAUGUUGGUGGGUUUCAUGGAUGCCUGGACUACAUUUUCAUUGACAUAAAUGCUUUAGAGGUUGAACAAGUAAUUCCAUUGCCAAGUCAUGAAGAGGUUACCACCCAUCAGGCCUUGCCAAGUGUCUCUCAUCCCUCUGACCAUAUAGCAUUAAUAUGUGACUUAAAGUGGAAAUAAAACGAACAUUUGCAUAACAUUUGUUCCAGGCCUUUAAACAAGGAAUUUGUUUACUUUAGGGGAACUUAACUUGUAUCCCAGCUUGUAUGUAACUUUAUAAAGACAGAAGCUAAACUGAUUAUUGGAAAAAAGUUCACAUGCCUGUCAUUUCGAUUAUAAAUUUCUUGUUGAGUGUUUUGUCUGACUGUUCAUAACAUUUGCAUGACAUAGCUUCUCCAUUCCCUUUUUCUACACUAAUAGGAAGUCCAAAUAUAUUUAAAACAGAUGGGGAUGUUUUAAAAAAAGAAAAAAAUUAGAUUAUCAUACCUUUUUAUAGGUGUUUUUAACUGAUUAAGAGAUUAUUUUGUUACAGAUGUAUGAAUAAUCUAAUUUCUAUAAAAGUACACAUGAACGGAACCCUGUUUAUAUAAUUCAGAAUAGGCUAUAAAAGAGGGUAAGCAAAUGACUUGUGUUGAAUGAAAUCAAAACUACUUUCAGUGCAGGACAAGUGUCACCACCUUCAUUUUAAAUACUCAAAAAUAUAAAUUUAUUCAUUAAGCAUUCCUGAUGCUUCUCUAGGCUUUAGCGAGCUGCAUGUUCAGUGUACUUCUAUUUUUUUUUGACAUGAUACUUUCUGACCAGAUACCAACAUCUGAAUAAGACUUGUACAAUCAAUUAAAUUUUAGGAUUAAAAUGGUUUCGGGAAGUUUCUUUGCCCACUUAAUGUAUUUGUAGCCACUGAAAGGCUCUUUAAAAUAAAUGAAAAAAUCAGAUUUUAAGACCAGUUGUUGAUGAUUGUAAAACAGUAUCAAGUUUACUAAAAAUAAAAAUGUAAGAACUA